AUGGAUACACAAACUUAUUUAGAAGAUUUAUCAAACGAGAUUUUCUUCGAAAUAUUUGAUUAUUUACAUGCACUUGAUAUAUUUACUGCAUUUGCUUCAUUGAAUAAACGAAUUUCAUCGAUAUUACAAUCAAUUCCACUUCAUGUUAUUGUUUCAAUUAUUCAUUGUCGUAAUCAAAUUGAUUUUCUUUCUUCUCAUCUUAUUUUUCAUGCUCAUCAAGUUAUUUCAAUAAGAAUGAGUGAUACAAUUCGUGAUGAUACAUCUAUGAUUAGUUUAUUAUUUAAUCGACAUAAUUUUAUUAAUCUUCAAUUUUUUAUGCUUGUCACAGUCGAUCGAUCAACGAAACUUGAUAAUUUUAUUAAACAAAUAAAAACUUGUGAUAAACUUGUUUCAUUCAAGAUUUCUAAUCCAGAUGAUGAAACUAUGAAUGAAAGUGAUAAAUGUGAAUUAGUUCGAACUAUGUUUAUGCACAAAUCAUCUUUUCUUCGUUCAAUUGUCCUUCAGUAUACUUAUGAUUAUUCCAAUAUUUUAAAUAAUAUUUCACUAACUUCAAAUGUUACAUUAUUGUAUUUAUGUAUAGAUGAUUCACCUUCAAAUAUAUCUAUUCAUUCAAUUUUAUCAAUUCUUCGUCUUUGUCAUAGAGUACGUUAUAUAGGCAUAUUAGUGAAAGAGAACGAUCUAGUUGACAAUAAUAAUACCCUUGUUCCAAUUACAAUACCAUCUAUCAAUGAAAAUG